UGGUGUGACCAGAGUCACUAUACCAAAACUGUGUUGGAAGACGAAGAAGAGGGGUGGAGGCGGGCAAUAUUAGCCCCGCCUCCCCCCCAUCCCUCACGUAUAAAAAGGAAGGGAACGUAGCCGGUUCUCACUCAACACACUCGCACUGAAGAAUGAGAUCCUUAAAGCACCUGAAACCUCACAGCAAGAGGAGCGUGGAGGAGGCGAGCCGGCGCCUGGGUAGAUGUGAGCCCAAGGUAAUGGCCAGGCUGGUGGACAUAGGCACACAGACAGAUCCAGUAGUCGUGCUGUCCCUGGCCCAGGCUGCCGUGCUAGGUCUCAUCUCCCAGAAUGAAGUGUUCGGCGCUACCAUUGCACCCAACGGCUUCUACACCGGCGAACCCAAAGAGUCCCCCGCACCACAAGUAGAAGGAGUCGACUACGAGUACGCAGACCAGCUUAUCGGAGCCAACGGAGAUUACCUCGGAGACAACUUGGGCGAAGACGGACAGAUGCAACCCAGCUGCAGUCAGAGGAGGUGGCAGCAGGGGCCCCCUCAACAUCCGGACACAAAAAUGGUCGGACCCGAUCGUCACAGCCUGCAAGGCGGUGACGUGUCCUCAUCCCACGUGAAAGGGGAAGUGGUGAACUCUGGAAUGUCCUCCUGUGUCCACAUGCUUAACAAUUUGACUCCCAGAGGUGGUUUAGUACAAGUGGAUCCAGCCUCCCUCAGAGGCACCAACAAGAGCUGUGUGGAUUGCGAGCGGGACACAACCAGUCAGCCGCAAGCCAACACACACGUUCACCCUCCUCCCCCCCAGGUUGGCCACAGAGGAGGGGAGCAGGGCCACCGAGGACUGCAAGGCCAGCGGCCUAUGGGGGGCCACGGUCGAGGUGGCAGGGAGGAAGAAGAAGAAGUAGAACACCAGGGGAACAACAUGAUGAAGCCCACGCAGCAGGAGGAAGCCAUCAGCAGCUACUUCCAGACCAGCGAAGUAGGGAGCUAUGAUUCGGCGGAAAUGGGCAUGGCGGGCGAGUACGAAGACAGAAGCCAGAACAUGAUGUGGACAGACGGGAACGCAGGAGCGCAGCACCAGCAGCCUCCGCAACCCCAGCCUCCCCGUCGGCACGGCGGCCGCAGAGUGGACCGGCUAGAUAUCAACAUCCAGAUUGAUGAAUCUUACUGCGUGGAUGUGGGAGACGGCCUGAAGCGCUGGAAGUGCCGCAUGUGCGACAAAUCGUACACCUCCAAGUACAACCUGGUGACGCACAUCCUGGGCCACAACGGCAUCAAGCCCCACGCCUGUCCACAUUGUGGGAAACUGUUCAAGCAGCCCAGUCAUCUUCAAACCCACCUGCUGACCCACCAAGGCACGCGACCCCACAAGUGCACCGUCUGCAAGAAGGGCUUCACCCAGACCAGCCACCUGAAGCGACACAUGCUCCAACACACUGACGUGAAGCCCUACAGCUGCCGCUUCUGCCGCCGUGGCUUUGCCUAUCCCAGCGAGCUGCGAGCCCACGAGGUGAAGCACGAACGUGGGCGUUGCCAUGUUUGCUCGCAGUGCGGCAUGGAGUUCCCCACCUACGCGCACCUCAAACGCCACCAGACCAGCCACCAGGGUCCCCACACCUUCCAGUGCACCGAGUGCAACAAGUCGUUCGCCUACCGCAGCCAGCUCCAGAACCACCUGCUGAAGCACCAGAGCCCGAGGCCUUACACCUGCUCCCAGUGCGGUCUGGAAUUUGUGCAGCUCCACCACCUGCGUCAGCACUCCCUCACUCAUAAGGGAAUGAAAGGCCACAAGUGUGACGUGUGUUCGCGGGAGUUCACCCUGUCGGCCAACCUGAAGCGGCACAUGCUCAUCCACAACAGCGUCCGGCCCUUCCAGUGUCACGUCUGCUUCAAGAGCUUCAUCCAGAAGCAGACCCUCAAGACCCACAUGAUCGUCCACCUGCCCGUGAAGCCAUUCAAAUGCAAGGUAUGUGGCAAGUCUUUCAACAGAAUGUACAACCUGCUGGGCCACAUGCACCUCCACGCUGGCAGUAAGCCCUUCAAGUGUCCAUACUGCACCAGUAAGUUCAACCUGAAGGGAAACCUCAGCCGGCACAUGAAGGUCAAGCAUGGAAUGGACGUCUCACCAGAAGGACAAGAUGUUCUUCCAGAAAUGAAUAGCCAGGGGGAGUAUGAAGGACAGAACUUCAGCUUUACAUCACAAGACAAUAUGGACAACGGUGGCUCCCAAAACCUCACUAAACUCACUACAGCAAACAUGGACGACAUGGAGGAGUAUUACAAUUUCGGGAAGGAUUCGAGCAGCUACGCGACACCUUGAGUGGCGAUGAACCGGAGAACAUGCUUUGGGUUUUUUUCUUUUACGGCAGACGGAAAUUACCGAGUUGUUUUCAAAGCUUCGGGAGACACUGGGGACGGGGUUUUCUUUUAGGGAUUGGCCUCCUUCCAGAAGAGCCAGAACUGAACGGCCUCUGAUGGGAGGCCAGGAAGGAGGCGCACUUCAGAGCAGACGUUUCAACUCUGUUGCUGAUCGCAGAGACACUGAAGCUGUGGACGCUGGGCCUAGAGCUCCUUUUUUGGGGAUUACUACGCAAAGCGACUCAAAGACUCUCACUGGCGGACAGUCGAAUCUGUAUGUUGUGUGUAUGUAUCAGUUAUUUGAAAAAGGAAAAAAAAGAAGGAAAAAAACAUAUAAAAAGUUGCAGAGCCAUCAGUUACAUUUGAUGUGAUAGAAAUCUGUUUACCAUUUUGCCAUUGUUGUCAUUCACAACCAAUGUAUGCCCUUUAUAUUUUUGUCUGAAAGUGCCAGCGAGAUACAUUUGCAACUAAGCUUCCACCGUGUCAGCUAUUUACUCACUGUAUAUCGAACUUUUGAUACAUAGUCACGACAUAUUCAGAGGUUUGAAUGCUCUUACUAAACAGUUCCUAAUUGUAGUUACCCAUUCCUUCCCAGCCCUCAGUUUAAACAGGUCGCUCUUUCAAUGCGUGCGAGUGCUUUUUGUUGCACAGGACAUCGUAGCGGUUAUCUUCCCGGGGCACUUACUACCAAAGUUGCUACUGUCCCAUGCAAGCUGAUACCAGAAACAACAAUGUUGGCGACAUGUACAGAGGAUUCGAUUCUGCAACAGACUUUGGUCUCACAUGGUUUAGCUUGACAUUAAUAAUCUAUCACGUGUAGUGACUAUACUGCUCAAUGUUUUACUGAGUGAAGAAUGCAAAGCACUUUUUCCAUUGAGACCUGUCAUUUUUUCUGUGAAGGCUUGUCUUCGGUAUACUCAUUUGCCUCCAGGAGAAAAGUGGGGAGAAAUAAGAUCGUAGAAUCUUCCGAACCCCCAUAACGGCAAUAUUGUUAAACAGAUAUGCUUUCUCUGUAGUUUUUUUUGUAAACUGCAGUUCCCUUGAUAUGGAUAUUUCACAGUUGUCAGUUUAAAUAUGAAUUGAAGAAUGGGCAUCUUUGUUUGGAGCAUCAGCAGUGUGGACUGUUUUCACUUCACUUUCAAUUCACUUUAUUCAGACCGAUAUUUCCCCACUCAAUGGGGAACAAAACACCUAACGUGGAUAUCAAAUCCAAUCUGUAGAUUUUAAAAGAAGAAGAAGAAGAAAAAAUAUCUUUCAGAUUAAAUUCUGUGGGGUUGAAUUGAAAGUGGACUGAUGCUAGUUCUGUUAUUCAUAAUUCUGUUUUGGGGAAGACUCCCCCUGUCCUGCCAUGCAGGUCAGCCUUGAUAUGCACACUAAACCAGAGGAACGGUCUGCAGCACUAGUUCUUCUUUGAGAUGAGGAAUAUCAAACUGAGACCUCAUGGAAAUUGACCAUGAAUUAUUUAAUAAAGGUUCUCUAGUUUAAAUGA